ACUCCCGGCGCCCGAGCGGUGCUGAGGCGCUGAGGGCCGGUGGAGCGGGCGAAGUUGCGGUCGCGCGACCAUGGGGGGCUUGAAGGACGAGCUGCUCAAGGCCAUCUGGCACGCCUUCACCGCGCUCGAUCUGGACCACAGCGGCAAGGUCUCCAAGUCCCAGCUCAAGGUCCUCUCCCACAACCUGUGCACAGUGCUGAAGGUCCCUCAUGACCCGGUGGCGCUGGAAGAGCACUUCAGGGAUGAUGAUGAAGGACCCGUCUCCAACCAGGGCUACAUGCCCUACCUGAACAGGUUCAUUCUGGAAAAGGUCCAAGACAACUUUGACAAGAUUGAAUUCAACAGGAUGUGUUGGACCCUCUGUGUCAAAAAAAACCUCACAAAGAGUCCCCUGCUCAUUGUAGAAGAUGAUGCAUUUAAAAUAUGGGUUAUUUUCAACUUUUUGUCUGAGGACAAGUAUCCAUUAAUUAUCGUGCCAGAAGAGAUUGAAUACCUACUUAAGAAACUUACAGAAGCUAUGGGAGGAGGUUGGCAGAAAGAACAAUUUGAAGACUAUAAAGUCAACUUUGAUGACAGUAAAGAGGGCCUUUCUGCAUGGGAGCUCAUUGAGCUGAUAGGAAAUGGACAGUUUAGCAAAGGCAUGGACCGGCAGACGGUGUCUAUGGCAAUUAAUGAAGUCUUUAAUGAGCUUAUACUAGAUGUUUUAAAACAAGGUUACAUGAUGAAAAAAGGCCAUCGACGGAAAAACUGGACUGAACGCUGGUUUGUUUUAAAACCCAACGUAAUUUCUUACUAUGUGAGUGAAGACCUGAAAGAUAAGAAAGGGGACAUUGUCUUGGAUGAGAGCUGCUGUGUGGAGUCUCUGCCUGACAAAGAUGGAAAGAAGUGUCUUUUUCUAAUAAAAUGUUUUGAUAAAACCUUUGAAAUUAGUGCUUCAGAUAAGAAGAAGAAACAAGAAUGGAUUCAGGCCAUUCAUUCCACCAUCCAGCUGCUGAAGCUGGGCAGUCCUCCCCCACACAAGGAAGCCCGCCAGCGGCGGAGGGAGCUCCGGAAGAAGCUGCUGGCGGAGCAGGAGGAGCUGGAGCGGCAGAUGAAGGAGCUGCAGGCUGCCAACGAAAACAAACAGCAGGAACUGGAAACUGUGAGGAAGAAACUGGAGGAAGCAGCAUCCCGUGCAGCGGACGAGGAGAAGAAACGCCUGCAGACUCAAGUAGAACUGCAGGCCAGGUUCAGCUCGGAGCUGGAGCGCGAGAAGCUGAUCAGACAGCAGAUGGAGGAACAGGUGGCGCAGAAGUCCUCUGAACUGGAGCAGUACCUGCAGCGAGUGCGGGAGCUGGAAGACAUGUACCUGAGGCUGCAGGAGGCCCUGGAGGACGAGCGCCAGGCCCGGCAGGACGAAGAGACCGUGCGCAAGCUGCAGGCCAGGUUACUGGAGGAGGAAUCUUCCAAGAGGGCAGAGCUGGAGAAGUGGCACCUGGAGCAGCAGCAGGCCAUCGCCACCACAGAGGCAGAGAAGCAGGAGCUGGAACACCAGCGCAUGGAGAAGGAGCGUGCACUGCAGGAGGCCAUGGCGCAGCUGGCGCAGCUGGAGCUCGAGCGGAAGCAGGCGCUGGAGCAGUAUGAGGGAGUCAAGAGGAAGCUGGAGAUGGCAACUAACCUGACAAAGAGCUGGAAGGACAAAGUGGCCCAUCAUGAAGGAUUAAUUCGAUUGAUAGAACCAGGUUCCAAGAACCCUCACCUCAUCACUAACUGGGGGCCUGCAGCCUUCACCCAGGCAGAGCUGGAGGAGAGAGAGAAGAACUGGAAAGGGAAGAAGACCACGGAGUGACCGCCGGGCGAUGCCCCUCUGCCAUGUAGAUACGAGUGUGGCCCCAGCGCUUCCAGCUGUAGAUGAGGGAACCGGCUUUGCUGCUUGGACCUCUGCUCCCCUGCGGCCUCUCCUGGGACCCAGCCCCUGAGGAGGCCUUGUAUUCCUGCCCGCUCGCCAGCUUCCCCCAAAACAGUCGGUGUUGUCAGGUGCUUCCUUUACUCUUUCUCCGACACUUUGGGCUUCUGAAAGUUCCACAGAGCUUAGCUUCUCUUCGGAAUGAGGCCUGGAACACAGGCGGUCCCGUCACGUGCAGAGCUGUGGCCUGGGUGUCCUGGUUCCUGGCUGCGCCUUUCUUCCUCUGAGUGCCUGUUUCAGGGAGACAGACCAGCCAGUCUGCCUGAGACUCGUGGGGCGUCGCGGCCGCGCUGGACCUGCCUUCCCUGCUCACCCUCCCAGAGCG